AUGGAUGUGAAAAACGCCUUUCUUCAUGGAGAUCUUCAAGAGGAGGUAUAUAUGCGACCUCCACCUGGAAUGACCCAUCCUUCUAACCAAGUGUGUAAGUUUCGUAAGCCACUGUAUGGACUCAAACAAGCGCCUCGUGCUUGGUUUGAGAAAUUUUCCAAUGCUGUUUUACAAUUUGGAUUCACUCAAAGUGCAUAUGAUUCAGCCAUGUUUACUCGUUCUACUGCACAGGGUAUGGUCAUUCUUCUCCUAUACGUAGAUGAUAUGGUUAUUACAGGUGAUGACAUGAAAGGUAUUACUGCUCUUAAGACUCAUCUUAGCUCCUGUUUUGAAAUCAAGGAUCUGGGUCCUUUAUGUUACUUUCUUGGCUUAGAGGUUAAUCGCUCAUCUGAUGAAUGCUUUAUUUCUCAAGUGAAAUAUGCCUCAGAUAUUCUUCAGCGCGCUGGGUUAACGGAUAAUAAAACUGCUGCUACACCUCUUGAAUUGAAUAGUAAGCUUAGUCCUUUUGAUGGGAAACUCCUUCCUAAUCCUACUUUGUAUAGAAAGCUUGUGGGAAGUCUUAAUUACUUAACCAUUACACGACCAGACAUCAGUCAUGCAGUGCAUAUUGUUAGUCAGUUCAUGGCAGCUCCACGAACAACUCAUUAUGCAGCUGUUCUCAGGAUCCUACGCUAUAUCAAGGGUACAUUGUAUCAAGGUGUUAAAUUCUCAUCCACUUCUGACCUCUGUCUUCGUGCAUAUUCAGAUUCAGAUUGGGCAGGAGACAUCACAGAUCGACGUUCAACUACAGGGUAUUGUUUAUUUCUGGGUAAUUCUUUGAUAUCCUGGCGCAGUAAGAAACAAAAUGUAGUUUCACGCUCUAGCGCUGAGGCAGAGUAUAGAGCUCUUGCACAUUCAACUUCAGAAAUAGUUUGGCUGCGCUGGCUUUUAGGGGAUAUGGGAGUUCAUCUAACAGCACCCACUCUACUAUAUUGUGACAAUAAGGCUGCUAUUCACAUUGCUCAUAAUGAUGUCUUUCAUGAACGUACUAAACACAUUGAGAUUGAAUGCCACUUUGUUCGUCAUCAGUACAAGAAACGGAUUAUAACCUUAUCCUUUGUUUCUUCUGAGUUGCAACCUGCUGACCUUUUCACUAAGGCACUGUCUUUUGUGCGUCUCAAGCUUUUGCUUUCCAAACUCAACAUGUGCUCUAUCGCAUGUUGA